UUCUACUCUAUAUGAAUUAUUGACUAGUAUUGCUUCAGACUUGAGAAAGGGAGUAAAUCUGCAAUACGCUGGCUAUUUUGACAUAUUGUAUCGAUAGAUAGAUAUUGUAUAUACUGAUAUAAAUAUAAAUAUAUAUUUAAGAGGGGCGGAGCCGACCAGCACCCAAGAUGGUUGCGUGAAGCUGAAGCUCCGUGAGACCAAAAACCAGUUAAGCUUGAUUUGGGUUUGAAAUACUCACUAAAAGCCUGGAAAUAUUAUACAUGAAGUGUGAGGAGCACAGAGGAUGGAUGCGGAGUGAGUGGUGAUUGCCUUGUCAACUAACAACGCACAUAACGGAACGGGCCGAUAAUAGAGGCCUAACCAUGCCACACUUCCCAAACACCACAGUGACUGAGAACACUAUUAACGGAACGCAAAGGCAGCGGUUUAUUCCGUUACUGAAUUAAAAGUACUGUCAUUCCAAAAAGGCAUGCUGAUAGUAUCUGGUAACUUUAAUGUUGCAUUAGAACCAGAAAUAGAUUGCUCAACGGGACGUAGUUCGGUAGCUCCAGCAUCUAUACGUAAAAUUUGAACAAACCUUAGGAAACUAUCCUUAAUCGAUUUGUGGAGGACAAACCAUCCUAGUCACAAAAAUUUUACUUUUUACUCUCAUCCGCACAGAAACUAUUCCCGCAUCAAUUACAUAUUUUUGAUCAACUCACAUACAGUUUAAUUACAAACACAGAUAUUGGACACAUUAGCUGGUCUGACCAUGCAGCUGUAAGUGUCGAUUUAAAAUGGUCAGAAUGCCCCCUCACUCCUUAUGUUUGGAGAUUAGACGAAACACUCCUUAAAAAAACUUUAAUUUUGAAUAAGAUCACAUUGGUCCUACAGGAAUUCUUUAGUUGUAACCUUUCACACCAAACAUGCCCCUCUAAUAUAUGGGAUACAUAUAUAUAUAUAUAUAUAUAUAUAUAUAUACACAAAUGUUUAAUGUGUCUUUACAAUAGAAUAGUAAAUAAUAAGAAUAAAGCAUGGAAUACAAAUGCAAUGAGAAAGAUGCCUUCAGAGACAGACUGACUAAAUCUGUUCAAUGUUAAUAAGAACUAGAGUAAACUAAUGUCUGAUGAUGCUCAAAUGGCAUUGAGAAAAGUACCUGGUCUCAAUUCAUUAAAGUUAUUUUUCUCCCCACACGAAAAAUAAAAACAUAAUUUAUGCUUUAAAAAAAAAAAGAAAUAUAUAUUUAAAAAUAAAAAGAACAUAAGUAUUUCCAUUAAAACACAUUAAAUAUUAACAAAAAUAUAUUGCAUGUUUCAAGGUAUUUGAAUUUGUGUGUUUAUAAGUAUAUAUUUGUUCACAUACAUAUUUACCCAUAUAACACAUAAAUACACAUGUAUACAGUAUGUAUAUAUAUAUAUAUAUAUAUAUAUAUAUAUAUAUACACACACACACACACAUAUUUAGACAUAUUUACAAUGAAGCCCUUUCCAGUCAAAUACCUUGUCAUACACCAUAUCCCCUUUAACCAUUUUAAAACCUAAUAAUAAUAUUAAAAUGAUAUUUUUUUAAUAAAAGUGUAUAUAUUUGUAUAAUACUUUAUUUAAUGUGUUUUGUGCAGCUUUUUGUUUAACCUUUACACUUGACUUCAGGCCUCAAGUUCUGUUAAAUAUUCUAGCAAAGUUUCUGCUUUAAUUAGAGCGCAAACUAUAAUUUUCAACUUGUAAUAUGAGUGCUAUUUAUUGCGUUCACAAUAUCUAUUGAAAUUAUAGGCUGUGCUCGAGCGAUGAUGGCCGCCCUUCUCUGGUUAUGAAGAACUAUUUGUACUUCCAAAAUAGAUAAUUACUAUGACACAUUGCAAAAAGGACACUGCUUUAAAUGUUGUUGCCAUAACAAACUUAUGAAUAUUUCCAGCAAAUUCCACAUUACUUUACAAACAGUUUUUUUUAUUUCUAAUUAUAGUUUAUGCUAUUAACCAAUCAGAAUAUCAAGUUCAAUUUCUAAUUGCUAUUAAUUAAUUGUGAAUUAACAAAUAAAAAUAAAUCCAAACCUAGUAAUGGGCAUUUCUAUAAAUGUAAGGCAGUUGUAAGUGCUCAGUGGCUUGAACAAAUCAACUAUAAAGGGUGAGUAUAUACAUUAUUAUAUUCAUUAUUAUACAUUUAAAGGGCCAUAAAACCCCUGCAUUUGUAAAGGGGACAAUUAAAGAGUGUUGGUUUGUCAGCAGAAACCAUGUACUUACCGAGUUGAAAGCAAAUAGCAUUUUUCCUAACUCAUAUAAAUGCAAAUUCUUAAUGAAAAUGCAAAACAAAAAAAGUCAUUUUUAGUGUUUGAUUGUCUAUGCAAAUUAUUUUCUUUCUAUAAACCUUUUAGUCAAAUACUUUGGGCUAGAUUAUAAUCUUGUUGAUUUUGGAUGAAAAUGAUGUAAAGGUUAAAUAAAUUGGAAGGUUAUCAUUUUGGAGGAUAUUGGUGGAGUUUACAUUAGUUUUGUAUAUGCUUGGGGUAGAAGAUCCUUUGUACUUGAUGUGUGUCACUGUGGGAAUUCCCUUGAGGGUUGUUUGGACUUCUACUGGAUGGUGGCUUGCAAUUAGUCUUAAUUGCAUGUUAUAGGCUUCCUUCAUGUCUACAGUCUUCUAGUGCAAUUAUGUUGAGAAUGUUCCAUGCCACUUACUUGCUAAAUAGAGGAAAGAUCCCUCAUUUGAAAAAGAAGCAAACUCUUCUUUUACAUGAAGGGUAUUGUGUUUUUAUGCAUGAUGCAUUUAAGUGUUUUAUUGAAGUCACUGCCUCCCCAUUCUGUAGAUACUGUACAUUACCUGGUGAUUGAUGUUUUUAUGUCCUACUAAUGAUAGAGGCUAGAGACCCCUCAUUGAAAAGAUGGAGCUCCCCUAUAUUUAAAAUGGUGCCUCAUGCCCCCUCUGUGUUUUGUGAGGGAUUCUAAAACUGCCCUCUACCCCUCUUAAAAUCUUACUUGGUGCUUAGUUCAGGGAGGUUCCAUCUUUCAAAUAGACUCUAUCCUCUGUAAUGAAAUACAGUGGUCUGUAUAUUCCCUGUUUUUCCUUCAUUUGAAUUUCUGUGGAGGCCAGUAGGGCAGGUAAACACCUGAAUCCCACAAAACAAGUAACGUCUCAUUUGAAAGAGGGUAUUUUCCACUUUCAAAGGACUCAGUCACUUGUCCUGUCAAAUAGAGCUCCCUUCAACCUCUAACAACACAGCAAUUUAACUGCUGCUGCAGGUGAUUACCAUUUUUAAGAUUGACACCUAUAUCUUACAGGACACGUGGAAGAGUAAGGGGCUUGUGAAAACUUGUGGUAAAAAAAAACUUUCCCUAUACUUUCAAUGACAAGCACAAAGUGGAAAUCCAUGCUUGAAGUCCAUGGUUAAACCUUGUAUUUGAGUGAUAAUAACAUUAACAAUAAUAUUAACUAAUGUGAACAGCUCUGGUAAAGCCAUUGUGGUUAAUCAUAGAGAACUUCAUAAACCACAAAACUAUCCUCUUAGGUUUUAUUUUCACGCUAUGUCAAAACUUUUUACAAGAAUCAUUGCUUUUGUGCAAACUGAUAAGCUGCUUCUUUCUUGCAAAACUAUAAUAUCUCACUGCACCAACCUAGAUUGUCAGAACAAGGUCUAUACUGCGAUACAUUACAGUUUUGCAAGAAAAAAGCUUCUCAUUAGUUUUAAUAAUAGAAAUUGUGCCAUUUAACAUUUUACAGUAUGAGAGAAGUUUAAAAGCCAUGUCCAUUUCUUUAUGCACAAUAUUAAUAUACUGAACUGUUAAUCUUGUUUCUACACCAAACUUUUUUUUACAAUAUUUGUUUUAAAUGUAUAAUGAACAAUUUUAAAGUAUACUGUAAAUAAAUUACACAUCAUGCACACAUGUACUGUAUGUCCAUAAUGUCCCAGCUCAAAUGUAUGACUAAAUCAUUUACAAGUUUUGCUUUUCAUUUGGAAGUGAAAAUGUUAAUCUCACACAUGUAAAUUAGCUAUUUGCCUUUCAUACUAUACAACAGUAUUAAUGUAAACACAUGUAUUGUAACAGGUUAUUCCUGCUGAUUGGUUAUUGCAUUAGCGAUUUGCAUUUCUAUAAAGGUAAAGGUUUCUUGAAACUUCACUAUAAGAAUCGUGGUUCUCUUUUACCUCUGGUAACGCGCUCAAGCGAUGUUGAUGCUUAAGUGAAAAAAUGUUGCUUUCAACUUGUAAUACAAAUGCUCAGAUACUCACGAUAUACACGUGACAGGGGUUAAACACAUUGUUAUAUUUAAAGGAUUACUUUCUGUUAUAAUUUUUAAGCUAAACAACUAACAUAUUAAAGUUAAUAAACAUUAAUUAAAACCUACUGACCUAUAUUUUCUCCAAAACAAAGUUUCAUAACGUUCUAAAAGUUAUAUCUUUUAUUCGCUGAUGAUGUCACGUUAUCCUGCCCACUAUUUUCAGCACUGCAUGUUCAAAAUACUUAAACCAAUAACUUUGUGUUUAAAGCGCCAUUUUGAAACCUAGGUAUUGUAAACGGAUUGGUACAGAGCAAAGGAUACCCAUGGAGUGGGUUUGGAAAACAAUUAAAUUUGCAGGCAAGAUUUCUGAUAUACGGUAGAGAUAUGUUAAUGAAAUGCUAUUGAUAAAAAGCGUAUUUGGGGUAGUUAGUUAGUAACAGGCAUAGAAAAUAUUUACUUACAGUGGCCCUUUAAGCAAUAGUUUAAUAAUAAAACCUAUUAGAACAUUUUCUUUUUGUAUUUUAAUAUAUCUUUAAUAGCAAUAACUAUUGCUUGAAUAUUUAUUCUUUCUAUAAAAGUUCUUUGGAUUCUUGGUACUUUCAGUUACUCAGGUGAAUUGUUUAUAAUAUAGAAUUGAUAAUAAUGUAUUAUAAUUCAUGUAAUAAAUUCUCAUUAUUUCAGAUAUAUCCCUUUUUAUGACCUAUUUUUUUAUUUAUUCUAGCAUCACAAUGGAUGCCAUUUGUACAGCUAAUAAUCAGUUCGGACUAGAUCUUGCAAAAGAGAUAAGCAGUGAUGUUAAUGUCAUAUUUUCACCUCUCUCUAUCAUCACUGCUUUAUCAGUAGUCUAUUUUGGAGCCACAGGCAAAACUGCAGACCAGAUUCAAAAGGCACUACAUUUUGAAAACAUUGAAGAUAUUCACUCUAAGUUGAAAAAUCUUAUUGUCACAAUAAAUGGAACGGGAGAUUUUACCAUUAAUCUUGCAAACCGAUUAUUUGGAGAACAGAGUUUUUACUACUCCGAAGUGUUCAUGAAUAAAUCUAAAGUAUGGUAUAACUCAGAUCUAGAAAAAGUAGACUUUUUACGUAAUCCAGAAGUUGCACGUCUACACAUAAACAAAUGGGUACGAGAACAGACACAAGGGCGAAUUAAAGAUGUACUACCAGAAAAUUCAAUUUCGAAUGGUACUGAACUUAUGUUAACAAAUGUAAUUUACUUAUUGGCAAACUGGACAGACAACUUGCAUCAGUAUGAGACAGACAAUGAAACAUUUACUCUGUGCACUAAUGAAAAUAAAAAAGUGCAGAUGAUGUCGGCCCGUGGUUAUUAUAAUAUCCGUAUCAUACCUGAAUUAAACACUAAGAUUCUUGAACUUCCAUAUGGGAAAAAUAAGCAACUGAGUAUGUUCAUCAUACUUCCUGAUCAGUGCACAGAUUUAAGAAAUAUAGAGAAAAAUCUUUCAUCUGAGAAAAUAAAUAACUGGACAAAUUUAACGAGCAUGGAGUGGAAAUAUGUUGAAUUUUAUCUCCCAAAAUUUACAGCUAGAUAUGAUUUUCCACUCCAAGAUAUUUUGCCAAAUCUUGGAAUGAAAGAUAUCUUCACACGAAGUACAAACCUUUCAAUGACAUCUCAAGAUAAUGUAUAUAUCUUUGGUGGGUUUCACAAGGCUUAUGUUAAAUUUGAUGAGGAUGGUACUGAACUCAACACUAAUACCAGUGAUAGCCACACCAUCUUGUUAGAACUUGGUUCAUUACUUCCAGAAGUUAAGUUUAAAAUGGAUCACCCUUUUCUCUAUGUCAUUGUGCACAAAAUUACCAAAUGUAUUUUAUUUUAUGGAAAAUUUAUGUUGCCAUGAUUUCUUAUAUCAUGUAUUUCUAAUUUUUAUGCAACUUGUGUGCAUUACAUUGUUAUAACUCUUAUAUUACACAAAAGAGUAGAAAUAAAUAGAAACAAUGGAUCUCAUUAUUUUCUUAUAGCAAUAUUGUAGAAAUCACAAACAGGACAACUAAAUUACUUACUGAAUUAAUUUGCUGCUAGAAAUGAUAUCAAGUACCCACCACUUCAAUGCUAUGAUGGUUUAUGAGGGAAAACAUUUGGUAGAGAAAGGAAUAGUAACUAGAGUUUGUUUACAUUUUGAUGUCCUAGGCCCAGAAGAAUAUUCUGCGCCUACAAUCAUCUUUUCUACCUAUUUUAGCACAUACUGUAUUUGUCUCACAUACAUUGUUCAAAAUAUGCUAAGUACUUAAAGGGACACAAGUCAAAACAAACUUUUCUUAUUCAGGCAGAGCAUGCAGUUUUAAGACACUUUCCAAUUUACUUCAAUUAUAAAUUUUUGCACGCUCUUUUUAUAUUCACACUUUCUGGGGAUCAAGAUCCUACUGAGCAUGUGCACAAGCUCACAUGGUAUACGUAUAUUAGUCUGUGAUUGGCUAAUGUCUGUCACAUGAUACAGGGGGCUGGAAAAGGAGAGAAAAUAAUAAUUUGUCAAAAAAAUCUACUGCUUAUUUGAAAUUCGGAGUAGGUGUUAAAUCAUUGUCUUUUUAUUAUGUACUUGAUAAUUAUGUAAUUCUACUGCAUUGAGUGGUCCUUGUUCCUGCCAGAUACACAGAGAUGACACUGAUUAUCACCUUCUCUGUGCCACCAUUAGACCAAUUAUAAACCAUAUCUAUCCCCUUGCAGAGCAUAAGAGUUGCAGGUGAUCAUGAAACCAAAGCCAACCCACUAAAAUCCCACUACCCUGAAAAGUAAACAUUGGGAUAAGUAAUAAAAAAGAAUAAAACACCUAAAUAAGAACAUAUCCGAACUUAACAGAGCAGGGAGGCUGGGAAAUAUAUCCUGGAUAAUGAAAAGGGUGGAAAGAACUCAUAAUAGAAGGUCUGGAUUUGACCAUGGUUGCUCUUCCCAGUAAGAUAGGAAAAGGUAGCGUAACAACAGUUUUAUAAUAUCGUGAUUGCCAGAUCUGAUGUCAAGGAAUAACAAGAUGUUAUUUUAUUAAUAUGUUUAUGUUUUGUUACACUUUUUGUCAAUUUCAUUAAUCUGUAUGAUGAAAACCUAAUAAAAAUUUAAAUAAAAAAAAAAGAAUAAAACACAUGAUUAUAAUUUUAAGCAAAUAAUGCAGUAAACCGCAUGCCUUAUUUAUUGCUAUACUUGGAUGCUAUUGUUUCUGUAAAUAAAAGCAAAACACAUGAACAA